AUGCCGGACCCUGCCGUCCCACGGGUGAUGGUGAUGCCAGACCCUGCCGUCCCACGGGUGACAGCGAUGCCAGACACUGCCACCCCACGGUGCUCAAUUUUGCUCUCCACCACCCCCCCAGAGCUGCAGGAGAAGACGCUGGUGCUGGUGAAGCCGGACGCGGUGCAGCGGCGGCUGGUGGGGAACGUCAUCCAGCGCUUCGAGCGGCGCGGCUUCAAGCUGGUGGCCAUGAAGCUGCUCCAGGCGGACCAGGGUCUCCUGGACAAGCACUACCAGCAGCUGCGGCAGAAGCCCUUCUACCCUGCGCUCCUCGCCUACAUGACCUCAGGGCCGCUGGUGGCCAUGGUGUGGGAGGGCUACAACGUGGUCAGGUCCACGCGGGCCAUGGUGGGGGACACCGACUCGGGGGAGAUGGGCUUCUGGUUCCAGCGGGAUGAGCUGGUGGCCUGGGAAAGUGGAGACCGGGACUAUACCUAUGGGCCCUAG